GAUGGUAGUCAAGUUUGACUGGCCCCGAACUGCAACACUGGAGGACGUGGAGAAGUUCAGGAGACGAUAUGCCAGCAACUACGACCUUCAGACAUGUGCCAUGAUGUUAAACAGCAUUGGGACUGGAUCUUUCACCGUCACUUGGUUCGUACCUGUCUCAGUGGUGGAGAUGUUGAGGAAGAAGAGAGCAUUGGCUGUCUUCAAGGAGUUCAGUGUCACUAGACUAGACAUCCACACCUCAACACAGACUUGUGUCUACCAAAUCCCUCCUCAGAGACCAGUGGCUCCAUCCUCAACCAGUGACAGCUCGGCAAUUGCUAAGUCUAAUGCUGCCAACAAAAGCAAGGAGCCAGGCCAAGUGUCGUCAGUGGAUGAGGACUAUCCAUUUGUUGAGGAGCCAUCAGAUGACUUCUUCUGUCCAGUGACAACUGGUGUUCUGCUCCAUCCUCACCUCACAUCAUGCUGUGGUAAUCAUCUCUCAGAGGAAGCUGCUAGCAGAAUACAGAGAGAUGGAGGGGCAUGUCCACUGUGCAAGAAGAAGGAUUGGAGCACAGUGUUAAAUAAACAUUUACCAGCGUCAAGUGAACUCGCUGCGUGUGUUCUGUCGCCACGAGGACAGGGGGUGUGGCUGGCAGGGAGAGCUGGCUGCCUUUCACAAUCACGUGGAGUCUUGUCCCAAUGA